ACUUCCGAUACGUGCAUAUGCAUCAUGGGCAUGCUGCAUGCAUGUCAAGUUGUCAUGCAUAAAUUUGGCAAAUCUUGAUCAUCCCCACCUUAUUAUAAUCUCACUUGUUUUGUUGCUUAUAUCAUUAAAAUCACAUCUUCCUAUAUACAACUCUACACAGCAGUCCACAGUCUCAAUGUUGUUAUUAUAAUUCCCUUUCACUUAAUUUUCCUACCUUCUCUUCUCUGAAUCCUCCUCUUCUCUCCAUAAAUCAUAGCCGGAAACCGAUAUAGAAAAUUUUAGUCAUAUCUCAUGAUAUGGGGCCGUAUGAUUUAGGCAUCUCCAUCGGAAGUAGCAACAACUCCGGCAGCAAUUGUUUCCAUAAUGAGAAGUUGGUCACGCCGGAUAUCGAUGGGUUUCUGGCUUCUGAUGCAGUUCUUUACUCCAUGCUUAACGAGUUGAAUAAUCAGUCCUUACCUAAUUAUAGUAGUGCAUCUCAUCAUCAUCAUAAUCUAUCAAAUUUAUCAGCUGAUCUAGAGCUUAUAGACUCGUUAAUCCCAGCGCCUGAAUCAUUAGUUCCGACAGCCGGUAACAUCGCGUGGAGUGAUCAGAACGGUAUAAAUCAGCAACCUCAAAUUAAUCAAGCAUCACCACCGGCACAACAACAUCAAAUGACGACGGCAAGUGUAGUUUCGCCGAAGAACGAGAUUGAAAUGUCAUACGAAUCAUCAGAGAAUGUUCAGGAACUCGGAAUGGUUUCGGCGUCAUCACCUGCAGAGGCUACGGAAGAAGAAGAUCCUAGUAUCAGGUUAGUACACUUGCUGAUGACAUGUGCAGAGGCAGUCCAACAUGGCCACAUCUCAUUGGCUGCAGCUUUGAUUGAAGAAAUGCGUUAUACAUUGACACGGGUUAACACCCUUUGUGGAAUCGGGAAAGUUGCCGGAUAUUUCAUUGAUGCACUAUCCCGACGAGUUUUUAGCCCUUCGUCACAAGAAGGAUUCUUACCGGCAACCGAUUCGACUCAGGAGAAUGAGUUCUUGUACCAUCAAUUUUAUGAAGCUUGUCCGUUUUUAAAAUUUGCUCAUUUUACAGCGAAUCAAGCAAUCAUAGAAGCGUUCCAGGGUCAUGAUUGUGUUCAUGUGAUCGAUUUUAAUCUAGUGCAUGGUCUUCAGUGGCCGGCAUUGAUUCAAGCUCUAGCUUUACGUCCUGGUGGACCACCGGUUUUGAGACUAACCGGAAUUGGUCCCCCAUCAACAGACGGCAGUGACUCGCUUCGUGAAAUCGGAUUACGGCUAGCCGAAGUAGCUUGGUCGGUUAACGUUAAAUUCAGCUUCCGGGGAGUAUCAGCAUCACGGCUGGAUGAUGUGAAGCCAUGGAUGCUACAAGUUAAACCAUUUGAAGCCGUAGCCAUAAAUUCAAUAAUGCAGCUCCAUCGGUUACUAGGAACCGAUUCAACUCGCGGAUCACCACCGAUUGACUCAGUACUAAGUUGGAUUCGAAGCUUAAACCCGAAGAUCGUGACGGUUGUUGAACAAGAAGCGGACCAUAAUCAACCUGGAUUCUUAUCCCGGUUCACAGAAGCCUUGUACUAUUAUUCCACAAUCUUUGAUUCUUUAGAAGCUUGUGGACUUCAACAAGAAAAAGCUUUUGCAGAGAUGUACAUACAAAAGGAGAUAUGCAAUGUGCUAAGUUGCGAAGGUGUAAGCCGGGUCGAACGUCAUGAACCGCUGAUUAAAUGGCGCAACAGGCUCGUAGACGCAGGGUUCGGGCCGUUACAUCUCGGUUCCAAUGCUUUGAAACAAGCAAGGAUGUUAUUGACAUUGUUUUCAGCUGAAGGCUAUUCAGUGGAAGAGAAUGAGGGUUUUCUGACAUUGAACUGGCAAAGCAGGCCUCUCAUUGCUGCUUCCGCUUGGCAGCCCUUCGCGUCAAAUUAGUCAGGCCACCACGGCACAACCAGUGUCACUCCUACAAUAAAAAUACAUGUAAUUACAGGAUUAAAAAAUGUCAUGUUGCUUCUGAUUGGAACCUAUACCGAGUUAUGUUCUAUGAUGCUUAUUUUAUGUUGCAAAA